CACGCGGGUAGCUACACGAACUUCACUAGGCUUUUAUCAGAAGUCGUCGUGACGGAUGGCAGUAACAUGCUUUAUUUUAAAGGAUAAUUUCAUGGAAAGACCUGCUGAAAUAUAAUCGAUCGAUGGCUAAGUCCGCCAUGAACAGAAAUUCCCUGAUGCUCGUCCUGGGCUCUCUGUCAGUGAUAUCGCUCACGAGUCUGCUCUUCGUCAGUUACACCAUCAAGAUUCGGGACCUGACGCAGAUCGAUGACAUGCUCAUAGAGACUGAAUAUAUCCAGCAUUCAGAAGCGAAGACUUCUACCAAGGGCGCAGUUCAUAUUGGCAAACGACUUGCGGCUGCAAGCCUGAAACCGAAAGUGCAACCAAAAGCAAAGAUUGAGAAUAAAAAUAAGACGAACAGAAGUGGGUCUUUUAAGUAUUUAAUUUACCAAUGUGAUCGGUCAAGGCUCUGUGGGGGUUGGGGAGACAGGCAGCGAAGCGUAGUAUCCACCUAUAUGUUAGCUCAAAUCACCAACAGAACGUUUGGGUUGAACGUGACGUCUCCAUGCGACAUUCGAGAGCUGUACGUUCCCAAUAAAGUAAACUGGGUCAUAGACCCAGCACAGCUCAAAGGUCUGUCAACCGAAACCGUGAUCGGCAUGGACAAUAACUUUUCGCCAAAAAACUUCCACAGACUCCACACAUCUGACGUCAUAUAUUUAAGAACCAAUCGGGAUCUGUUUUACUUAAUACGGCAAAACAAAGAGUACUCGAAGAUGAUGCCGAAGUGGGCCAAGGGCAAAGGCCGGGCACAGGCAUUCAGAAACGGCUGGGGUAUUCUGAUGAAGCAUCAAGGUCACUUGCAAAACCGGAUAGAGACAUUUCUACGAAAAAUCCCCAAAGGUGAUUUAAUCUGCGCCCAUAUUCGGAUAGGAAGAACGAAGAGAUCGAAAGACUCACUGGUGUUUAACAAAAUGUCUGAUGUGUACAUGAUCUGGGAAUUUCUUGACCGUUACGUCAACAACGCCAGUAAGAUCUUCAUAGCCUCGGAUUCGGAGGAGGUGCGCCGGAUGGCACGUGCUCGCUACAAGGUCAAGGAAGUGGACACUGGCGGGACAGUGGUGCACGUGGACAGGGAGCGGAAUGCACGGACGGCCUGUGAGGGGCUUGAGCUGGCGAUCCUCGAUCAAACUGUGCUAGGCACGUGCAAGGUCUUGUUAAUGUCACAGAGUAACUUCGGCCAGAGGGCGGCCAUGUUAGGUGGUCUGUAUGACAACCUGUUUAUGUGGCACAAAGGGACGAUUACAAAAUAUGUUUUGUCUUAAUAUUAAAUGGACCAUGAACGUUAAAACUGUAGAAUCAGUUAUGUGUUAACGGACCUGUUAAUAGGACUAGGAAUACUGUGUUAACGGACCUGUGAAUAGGAUAAGAAUAAUGUUAACGGUCCUGUGAAUAGGACUAUGAAUACUGUGUUUUAACGGACCUGUUAAUAGGACUAUGAAUACCGUGUUAACGGUCCUGUUAAUAGGACUAUGAAUACUGUUGACGGACCUGUUAAUAGGACUAGGAAUACUGAGUUAACGGACCUGUUAAUAGGACUAGGAAUACUGUUAACGGACCUGUUAAUAGGACUAGGAAUACUGUGUUCCCGAACAACUUAAUAGGACUAGGAAUACUGUGUUAACGGACCUGUUAAUAGGACUAGGAAUACUGUUAACGGACCUGUCAGUAGGACUAGCUAGGAAUACUGUUAAUAGGACUAGGAAUACUGUUUUAACGGACCUGUUAAUAGGACUAGGAAUACUGUUAAUGGACCUGUUAAUAGGACUAGGAAUACUGUGUUCCCGAACAACUUAAUAGGACUAGGAAUACUGUGUUAACGGACCUGUUAAUAGGACUAGGAAUACUGUUAAUGGACCUGUUAAUAGAACUAAAAACAAUGUGUUAACGUACCUGUUAAUAGGAUUAGCUAGGAAUACUGUUAACGCACAUGUUAAUAGGACUAGGAAUACUGAGUUAAUGGACCUGUUAAUAGGACUAGGAAUACUGUUAACGGACCUGUCAAUAGGACUAGCUAGAAAUACUGUUAAUAGGACUAGGAAUACUGUGUAAACGGACCUGUUAAUAGGACUAGGAAUACUGUCAAUGGACCUGUUAAUAGGACUAGGAAUACUGUGUUAACGGACCUGAUAAUUGGACUAGAAAUACUGUGUUAACGGACCUGUUAAUAGGACUUGGAAUAGUGUGUUAACAGACCUGUUAAUAGGACUAGGAAUACUGUGUUAACGGACCUGUUAAUAGGACUUGGAAUAGUAUGUUAACGGACCUGUUAAUAGGACUAGGAAUACUGUGUUAACGGAUCUGUUAAUAGGACUAGGAAUACUGUUAAUGGACCUGUUAAUAGGACUAGGAAUACUGUUAAUGGACCUGUUAUUAGAACUAGGAAUACUGUGUUAACGGACCUGUUAAUAGGACUAGGAAUAGUGUUAACGGACCUGUUAAUAGGACUAGGAAUACUGUGUUAAUGGACCUAUUAAUAGAACUAAGAACAAUGUGUUAAUGUACCUGUUAAUAGGAUUAGCUAGGAAUAGUUAGGCACAUGUUAAUAGGACUAGGAAUACUGUUAGGCACAUGUUAAUAGGACUAGGAAUUCGUUGCUAACGGACAUGUUAAUAGGACUAGGAAUACUGUGUUAACGGACCUGUUGAUAGGACUAGGAAUACUGUGUUAACGGACAUGUUAAUAGGACUAGCUAGGAAUACUGUUAAUUGGACUAGAAAUACUGUGUUAACGGACCUGUUAAUAGGACUUGGAAUAGUGUGUUAACAGACCUGUUAACAGGACUAACGCAGACGGUGUUCUAAACGAUAGUGCUGGGGCUGCGCACCAUUCCCCGAACUUCAGCGUCAAACUACAAAGCUCAAUGCGUGGAAAUAAGGAAUUUGUUGUGCUUUUUAGAAGAACAGAUGUAAUAUCUUUAUCAGCUUGGAGAAAGAUUGCUUUCGAUAUUCUCAAGUAUUGUAGAUACCGUUGUUGUGACGAUGUACCUUUGCUAAAAAAAAAACCCGUAAAUAAAAUGUGUUGAGUGCGUCGUUAAA